GCGCUCAUCCGGGUACUUGCGCCAGAACGAGCCCAUCAGCUAAAGGUACCAAUAUGGCGGAGGCUUCUCUAGGGAGUUCAAGUCCAGUUGGCUCUUUAUCAUCAGAGGACCAUGACUUUGAUCCAACAGCGGAUAUGUUAGUUCAUGAGUAUGAUGAUGAAAGGACUCUGGAGGAAGAAGAGUCUCUGGAUGGAGGGAGGAAUUUCAGCUCUGAGAUUGCGGAUCUAGAAAAGGAGGGGACCAUGCCUUUGGAAGAGUUGUUGGCCAUCUAUCGUUAUGAGGCCUCGGCAGGCUCCAGUAUAGACAGCUCCUCAGGAGACAUCACUGAUGAGCUGCCCGACAUGACUUUGGACAAGGAGGAAAUAGCUAAAGACCUUCUGUCUGGAGACUACGAGGAGGAGACCCAGUCCUCAGCUGAUGAUCUUACACCUUCAGUCACUUCCCACGAGGCCACUGACUUCUUUCCAAGAACACUUCGAUCCAACGCUAUCUCUGAUGGUGAUAAAGAGUCAGAGUGUGAUGAAGAUGGUCCGAGCCCAGAGGACUCGAGAAAGGAAAUAAUGGUGGGAUCACAGUACCAAGCAGAGGUUCCUUCUUGCCUCUGUCAUUACAAAGAUGGGGAGAAAGUGUAUGAAGAUGACGACGAGUUAUUAUGGAGCCCAGGUACAAUUCCAGAAAAUAAGGUUAGGAGUUUCCUGUGUGAAGUAUUGUCACGGACAGCAGAUGAUACAGGAUGUGACAAACCAGGGUCACAUGUUCGAGAUAAUGAGCAGGCUUUGCACGAGCUUGUCAAGUGCAACUACAACACGCGUGAAGCACUAGAGAGAUACUGCAGCCGUGUAAAGUCCUCGAAAGAAAAAUCGCCUCCGUGGUCAGAGGAAGAAUGCAAGAACUUUGAACACGCACUACAGAUGUAUGACAAAAACUUUCACCUCAUACAGAAACACAAAGUCACAACACGAACUGUAGCAGAAUGUGUGGCGUUUUAUUAUAUGUGGAAAAAGUCGGAGCGCUUUGACUUCUUUGUACAGCAGAAUCGUUUUGGGAAGAAAAAAUACAGCAGCUAUCCUGGUGUAACUGACCUGAUGGACAGACUGGUGGAUGAAGCAGAGGGUCUGGCAGUGGACAGUUCCUCCUCGGUGUGUUUAGGGGCUGGUGGCGGAGGAAGGCUGGAAACUACUACUGACCAACAGCUCAGUCUGCUCAACUCCAUCACUGCCAGUGAUCUCACAGCUUUGAGCAACACUGUAGCCACCGUGUGCAGCCCUGCAGAGGUUGGUUGCCUCGAUUCCUACAGCUUUCCUCCUUUGGAAAGCCUCCACCGAGGGUCCCUCAACCACGACGAGUCCCUCGGUUUCCCUUCCAACGGUGCAGACCCCGACUGCCUCAACAUGCUCGACGCUGGCUUCUACCACUCUGACCUGAGCCAGCUGGGGGGCGUGUGUGUCAACAAGGACUGUGAGCGGCCCUCCAAAAGACUCAAGAUGGCGCUGCCUGACUCCUUUAUCAAUGACGUGUCUGUGAGUAACCUGGGAGACUUCGAGGCACGACGGACAACGACGCACCACCACCGAAUCACCGGCGCUAAAAUGGCAGUGUCCGUCACAGACUUUGGGAGCUUGGCCGGUAGCGGUGAGCCCAACGGGUUUUUAGGAGCACACGCGAGGCACCACACACAGCACACUGCAGCACUUCAAUCAGAGUGAUCUUCCUCACCUGUUCCCUUGUUCUUCCCUUUUUAAAACCCCAUAUCUCUCUUGUAAAUAAGACUGACCUCACUGGAGAAACCAAUUUGUUUAAAUUCUAUAUAUAUAUAUCUAUAUAUAUGUAUAUAAAUAUACUUUGUUUUCAUUUUUGUGUAAUAUGACAUCAGUGAUGUCUAUCAUAUAGAACUAAAAUCUUGAUUUCUCUCAAGAGUUUAUAUAGCCAUUUAUUUUAUUUUUAUUUUUAAUUUUUUGCGGUCUUGAGAUGUGGAACGUCUUUGUACAGCGAGGCCCAGAGGCUGCAGUCGGAGAGUUGUGUAUCUUCCUCCUUUACAUCUACACACAACAUCUUCAGCGCUACACUUUGUUAUCCUGCCAUUCUUUUCAGCUGCCAAACCCGGCAUUGGUUUCUGCCCGUAGUUUUUAGUAUUUAGUCGCUUGUCUAUUUUGUUUUGAAGUGGUACGAGGUUUUUUUAUUAUUAUUUUUUUUUUUAAGUAUUAGUGUUUGGUUUACAGGUACUUUUAAGUAACCAGACUAGCACAAAUGGUUUUAGUUGUCUGAAAAAAUAAACCCUGGCCUGACAUUGUAUGAAGAACAGCAUUUGGAGAUUAGCUUGAAGACCAGGAAGUUUUGGCUUCAGCUGCUAAGAUGGUCCAUGUUGGUUUUCUUUUUGUUUGUUUUUUUAAAUUAUUAUUUCUCCUUUGGAAACUUUUUUGUUUACUUUUAAACUGUUCAAAGUGGCCAAACUGGAACAUUUGAAUGUUUGCUACAGUUAAUAUUUUUAUCCCAUAUAGUUGACCAAAAUUAUAUUCCCUGAUUUUCUAUAAUGAGUGAGAAAUUCCUGUCCAGAACAACAUGGGAGUUAUCUGGUUUCACAGUUCAAUAUCAAGUUUUCAUAUGGCAAUAUUACAAUGCCAUUAUUGGCUGGUUUAAUAGCCGUUUAAACCGACAUCAAUAGUCACAUUUGUUAAAUCCUUUCAGCCCUGUGCUACACAUGAUUCGUUGCAUAUGUUCUUUUGUAAAAAAAAAACGUUUUCUUCUUAAAUCAAGUAGGGCUGUUUUUCAGACCACUUUGUUAAGCCAGUUAGCAGUAUUAUCUCUCUCUAUUUCAUUUUAAAGCCACUCCAAUUGUGUAUUUGACCUCUGCCUAACCUGUACCGCAUAAUCUGGUCUACAAUUUGGAGUCUAGUAGCAGAAAUUGAGCCGCUAUAUCUUGACUCGAGUCCAUAAUUGUGAACUGUAAGAUGUUUAGCAGGUCAUUGUCAGUUGAUUGGAUGCAGUAGUAGUGUUUACUUAAUUUAUCUAUGCAUUGUGCUAUGAAUAAUUAGUUUGUUUCAGGGGUUCAUAUCAUGUUUGUCACGUCCGUAGAUGAUGUAGUAUUUCAUAAUUGCAUAUGUACAGACAGGAUCCAUGCCUCUUUAAUCAUCUUUUAAGUUUCCAAGCCCAGCAUCAGAGAAGGUAUUCACUUGUGUGUUUCAUGUAAAUAAUUAGCAAAUAGCCUUUAAAAGUCUAUUAACUGACCUCUUACACUUGUGAAUCUGUGUUGAUACAAAGUUUUUAAUUUGAUUCCUUGUCAAAAAGGCAAUAAUUUGUAGAUAUGUACAGAUAUUGAGUUUACUUUUUUUUGCAUUUUACCUUUUGACCUGGUGUUAGAAUUUCUUUCUCCCCCCUCCUUGCAAAGUCAUGAUACCAUCACAGCUGGACACGGCUGAAACCACGCAUGCUGCCUGUGCCCAGUUCUGAGGUGUAUCACCCACAAACGGCUUUACCCCAAGACAUAUUGGUAUUACUCAGUGUUGCGUUUGGAAUUUGCAACCACAUGUAAAAGAUGCUCAUCCCCCCCCCCCCCCUUUAUCUUUUUACAUGUCGUCGAUUUGUCUUGAUGGUAAAGGGAUGGCUGCUACUCUUAAGUAUGUGGAGAGCUCAUUUCUUUUUCAUGCAAUGUGCAUAAUGCAGUAGGUCCUCCAAGCUCUUCUAGCUUUAGCAGUGCAGUGAUAUUUAUUUCACCUGUGGUUUGUACAAAAGACUCAGAAAAAUUGUCAGAAUGUUAAGGCCAUUCAGUAGUAGAAGUAGGUUUUUCACUUUCCCUGUGAACUCACAAAAAUGUGAUUUUUAUCGAGCUCUCUGGUAUGAGACUUGUGUGUGCAAGCAGGCUCUAAACAAAUUUAUUUUAUAUUUUGUAUUGUGUUUUGAAGUUUCGAAAGAAAAAAAAUAUGGCAGUUUUGGAAAACAAAACCAGAGUCCUUUUGAAAACAAAAACAUCUUUGUGAAUAAAAAAACCUACAGAACUUAAAUGUAUAUCCAGAAAUAUAGACAAUCAAAAACUUCACUAUGAGAAAUGUUCAAGAAGCUAUCUUUAUUGUUUAUAAGAAUUGUACAUAAACAUUGAGUUUUUUUUUUUUUUUUUGUCUUUUGUUAAACAUUAUUUUGUAUUUUCUGUUGUACUUUAAUACCUUGUGUACAGAUCCAGAAAUAAAGCUCUGGAAAAUGUUCGAAGAAGAUUGCAUGUUUUUUCCUCUGCAUUGUACCAGUGUAAGAUUGAGCUAGCAUUUAUUCAGAUAAA